ACACGACGCCAGAGCAAGAUGGCCGACACGGCGGCCGCAGCCGGGGCCGGCAGCUCCGGAACGAGAUCAGGAAGUAAACAGUCCACUAACCCUGCAGAUAACUAUCAUCUGGCCCGGAGGAGAACCCUGCAAGUGGUUGUGAGCUCCUUGCUCACAGAAGCAGGGUUUGAGAGUGCUGAAAAAGCAUCUGUGGAAACAUUGACAGAAAUGCUGCAAAGCUACAUUUCAGAAAUUGGGAGGAGUGCCAAGUCUUACUGUGAGCACACAGCCAGGACCCAGCCUACGCUGUCAGAUAUUGUGGUCACUCUGGUUGAAAUGGGUUUCAAUGUGGACACUCUCCCUGCUUAUGCAAAACGGUCUCAGAGGAUGGUCAUCACUGCCCCUCCAGUGACCAAUCAGCCAGUGACCCCCAAGGCCCUCACUGCAGGGCAGAACCGACCCCACCCGCCACACAUCCCCAGCCAUUUUCCUGAGUUCCCCGAUCCCCACACCUACAUCAAAACUCCGACCUACCGUAAGCCUGUGUCGGACUACCAGGUCCUGCGGGAGAAGGCUGCAUCCCAGAGGCGUGAUGUGGAGCGGGCACUCACACGGUUCAUGGCCAAGACAGGCGAGACCCAGAGUCUCUUCAAAGAUGACGUCAGCACAUUCCCAUUGAUUGCUGCCAGACCUUUCACCAUCCCCUACCUGACAGCUCUUCUUCCAUCUGAGCUGGAGAUGCAACAAAUGGAGGAGACAGAUUCCUCGGAGCAGGAUGAGCAGACAGACACAGAGAACCUCGCUCUCCACAUCAGCACGGAUGAUUCUGGAGCCGAGAAGGAGAACACUUCUGUCCUGCAGCAGAACCCCUCCUUGUCGGGCAGCCGGAAUGGGGAGGAGAAUGUCAUCGAUAACCCCUAUCUGCGACCCGUGAAGAAACCCAAGAUCCGCAGGAAGAAGUCCCUCUCGUGAGCUGAGAAAGAAGCCUGGCUUGUACAGAGAUGCGGAUUCCACUCUCCUGGGCAAGAAAAAGCCUCUGGAGGACAGAAGAGAGAGUGACCUCCUUGUGACCAAACUGCAGCUGCAGGAUGUGAUGGGGCAUGAUUUUAAUAGCAGACCUUAUAUUCAGAUUAUCUGUUUUCACUGGAUGUUUGGUUGAGGACAAAACAAUAGUAAUAAUGAGACUUUCUUAAUCCAAAGGGCCAUACUGCUACCUGCUAGAGUGUGGCAGCAGCUGGUCACUUCAUUUAUCAUCACAGGAUUUGAUUCCUUUGCAACCUGGAAGAACAGGGAAAGUGGCAGGAAAAGAAAGGGUCCUUUGCUGCUUUGCUCACUGCCGGGAGGACUCCUUGCCCUGUGUAUAUUUCAGGAUAUCUGGCUUCUUUUUUUUUUUUUUUUUGACUCAUGAACAAUUAUGGCACCAAUUCGUCAACCCAGAACCUCAUUCUUAUUUCCCUCCUCACUUGGGUUGCUCAUGCUCUCUGAGCUGAUGGAAAGUAACUUUGUACUCUACUCCCUUAUAAUGACGGAAGCAGGAGGACCACACAUCACAGCUUUGACAUGGGGCUGGCAGAAGUCAGGAGCUGUGAGCAGAUAUGUUAAUGUGCAGGACAAUGACACAUCAGGGCAGUGCUGAUGCUCUGGCCAGCAAUUGAUAGAGUUCCCCAAAGCAGGGCCAUCCUGAGAGAUUUGCCAUUUAUUGUCCCUCUGUGGAAUGUAUGCUUGGAGAACUGCCCAAGACCUAUCCCCUCCUGGGAAAAAAGUCUUCCCUGACAAGAGCCUGGAGUGUGGGAUAUGUCGCACUGUGACUUAAUCAAGGAGCCAUAGAUUCUAAACAAUAGGAAAAGGAUGUAGCAGGUGGGAUUUUGAGGCCUGGCUUGGUCUUGUAUUCCACAAGCUGAGAGAGGUGGCUGAGACUAGAAGACUGGCAUGGACCAGAGGGCGCUGGCAGAAGCAGGCUGGGAGGAGCCUGCAGCCUAUGCAGAGGUGUUCUCCAAGGAGCCAGGCGGAAUCUGCUCACCCUCUGCUUCCUGGGAGAGAAGACUUCAUCCUUGAUGAAGCAGAAAAUAAGUUUUUAAAGAAGAUGCCAGGCAAGUUGAUAUCCUUUGGCUGGUCUUGUAAGGGAGAUUGUAAAACCAAAUGCAAUUUAGAGAAAUGCCAGGGAUGCCCAAAAGCUAACACAAGAUGGGCACGAUACUCCCCAGAUUAGAGUUCUGAGGUCCACGACUUGACUUCUGUGGCCACUCGGCUUCCACAAUCUUUUAUUUUAUUUUAUUUUUCCUCUUCAUAGUCUGGGGCUGGACCUAGGCCCUUGCGCAUGCCAGGCAAGUGUCCUACCACUGAGUCGUGCCCCUAGCCUCCAGUCAUCCCUGAAUUUUCUAUUCCUUUGGUGAAUUUGGAAACCUGAGUAACUUGACAGUUUGGUGGAGACUUUGUCCUCUAAACUCAGUGUUCCCUAGGGCAUUCUGUCCCUUUGCCUGGAAGGAGACAGACGCUUGUCAGGAACUGAAGAGGAUAUAAUAGUGAAAAAAAUCAAGAUUCCUCGACUCUGGACCAGAUAGGAAUUUGUCAGGUUUGUAGAGACCUCAAGCUCUCGGCUGAAAGCAGUUAGCCUGAGCUUAUGUGCAAACCCCCUCCCCUGUGGGAGUCUGAUCGCCCUUGGCAUUUGGCCUAGUGAGUUGUAAUACAAUCCCCAGGUCAGGGUAGGACUGACCCCAGCUUACCUUUCGCCCUGCCUUCUGGAGCAGUCACCCCAGUCAGCAUUUCUGCAGUUCCGCAGUCACCCUCACUGUCCAAAACAAACACCUGUUAAAUGCCAUUGUGCUGAGGGACAAGGUGGGGAUUGGAAAAGGGGGCUGAUUCUGCCCUUGAGAUUCCAGAGGCUGCAGUGCUGUGACUGUUCCAGAGGAACCGCUGGGAGAGGAACAGACCACUUAGACGCCGGCCCUGCUGCUGUCGCUGGGUAGAAACUGCAUAAUCCACAAUGUGUAUUUAUAGAUUUCUAUUUUUUAAUGAUUCUGUGGGACCUCUAGAAGGGAGAAGGUAGUAAACAGAGAUAAAUUAAGAGUGUGAUUUAUGAAAGACCCAUAAUAAAAAUUCAUAAUAAAGCUUUGUAAAGAAACAGAA